GUAUAACAGUCUUCCUCCACAGCCAACACGACACUAACCCGUACUUGGCGGUGCACCUACAGUCUCUGGGGUUCGGGGCGGACAAGGCCGGGGUGUUGCUGGCCAUCACGCCCCUCCUGGCCAUCAUGGGGCCGCCCAUAGCAGGAGCCGUGGCCGAUAAGCUGGGCAACUUUAAGCUGUUUCUUCUCUGGGGUGGUGGCUGUAUCGGGGAUGCUGUCACUCCUCCUGCUGGUGAUUCCUGGGGUGCCCAUCCUCCCGGCGUCGCUCUCACCCUCAUCACCGACCACCACCAGUCUGAACUCCCCAAUCGUCAAGUGAUCCACAGACUGGCGGAGGUGCUACCGAAGGCUGAGACAGGUAACACUGUGGACGCCGAGUACCUCAGUUUAUCGUCAUCACCAACCAGACGGAUCAACAUAGGGUCAGCAGCUCCCACAGCCUCGGUCAACAUCACCAGCAUCCUGAAGGCCAAGAACUUCUCCUGA